AUGAAAUUAUCACGUCAUAAAUUUAUUCGUCGUUUACUUAAUUAUUAUCGAACACACUUUGAUAUCGAAAUUCCAUUUAUCAUUUUAAUUGAUGGGACAUUUGCAUUUGAAGCACUUCAAUGGAAAAUACAAAUUGAUGAACAAUUAAAAGCAUAUUUAGAAACUGAGCAAAUUAUCUGUUCAACAACUUUAUGUGCAAUUAAAGAAACUGAAUUAUUAGGUGGAAUUGGAUUCGGUGCAAUGUUAAUCUUAAAACAAUAUGACAUAGUAAAAUGUAAUCAUUAUCCAUCGAUAUCAGCUGAAAAAUGUUUCCAACAAAUUUUAAUUAAAGAUACAACUAAAAAAUAUUUUCUUGCAUCUCAAUCAUUAUCAUUACGAGAAUAUUGUCACAAUCAUCGUCCAGAUUUGCCAACAAUGCUAAUAACACAUAAUGCAAUAAAUUUAGAACGUCCAUCAUUAAAUUCUCGUUCAAUUGUUGAAGAAAAGAAAAAGGAACGAACUAAUUUAAGUAAACAUGAAUCGAAUGUUUUAAAAAAAAGAAAGCAUGAACUUAAUCUGGAUCAAGACGAAAAUAAUGGUGAAAAAAAGACAAAGAAAAAACAUGGAAUUAAUCCAUUAUCAAUGAAAAAAAAGAAAACAAUAAAUUCAAUUAAUCAAACAGUUAAUAAUAAAUCAGAAAAAAUGACAAGACGUAGAACAAGACAAUUAAGAAUGUCAUCACAUUUAAAAGAACAUUUAAAAGAAUUACAAAAAACAUUUUCUAUAAAAGAAUUUUUUCAUAAAGAAUAA